AUGAGGAAGUUCCAUCGUCGGUGACGCUUUCGGUUUGGAAGGCGAAGUGUCGCCAAAGUCCAUCUGAACGGGUCCUUGGCAGUGUCACAAAGUCCAUGAUUGCGACACUAACUCAACCAGCAGUGUUCACGCACGCAACUGACCUCCCCCCCCCCCCCAGGGACCUAGAGUCGAACCUAUGCCGACAGUGUAUCUUCUCUCCCUUCAACUCGCAGACGUCGUCGCCUGCGUCGUGUGUAGAGAAUAAGAAGAAGAGCUGCCGGCGAUCGCAGUGUGCUUGAGAGGUGCGCGGAGCUCCGGCGAGGAUGCAGCUCUCCCAGAACUACACGUGGUUGCUGACGGACGUCCUGGGACGAGGCUCCACGGGAUGCGUUUACCAUGGGCGCCAUCGCACGACGGGAGCGCCCUCGGCCAUCAAGGUGCUGAGCGUGGACGGGAUGCGGCGCCCCCCGGAGCUGCAGGAGCGGGAGAGCCGGGUCCUGGCCGAGCUGGACCACCCCAACAUCGUUCGUCUCCUCGCCGUCGAAGAGGAGAGCGUGACGCGGCACCGUGUGGUCGUGAUGGAGGUGUGCUCCGGUGGGAGCCUCCACUCCAUCCUCAACGAGCCCGAGAACGCCUACGGGCUGUCCGAGGACGACUUCCUGCAGGUGCUCAGUGACGUCGUGGCGGGGAUGAACCACCUCCGCGAGAAGGGCAUCGUCCACCGAGACCUGAAGCCCGGCAACAUCAUGCGAGCGUUCCGCGCCGACGGCAAGGCCACCUACAAGCUCACCGACUUCGACACGGCGCGCUGGCUGGAGGACGGCGAGCAGUUCGUGUCGCUGUGCGGCACGGAGGAGUAUCUGCACCCGGACAUGUACGCACGCGCCGUGCUGCGGACGUCACAGCCGCGCGCGUACCACGCCACCGUGGACCUGUGGAGCAUCGGCGUGACGAUCUACCACGUGGCCACGGGCUGCCUGCCGUUCCGCCCGCACGCCGGCCCGCGGCGCGACCAGAAGCUCAUGCAUCAGAUCACGACAAGGAAGCCGAAGGGCGCCAUCUCGGGCGUGCAGGAGCAAGCGAACGAGAAGAUCACGUGGAGCGACACGCUGCCCUCCUCCUGCCUGCUCUCCGAGUGCUUGAAGGCUCUGCUGGUGCCGAUCCUGGCCAGCGUUCUUGAGGCCGACCCGGGGCAGUGCUGGAGUUUUGAUCAGUUCUUUGCGGCGACCAAGGACCUGCUGCAGCGAGAGCUCCUCCACGUAUACAGCCUGCCGCAGCACACGCUGCACCGCGUGUACUACCACGCCCACGACACGUGGGCCCAGCUGCAGGAGCUCCUCUCGGGCCUCACGGGGGUGACCCCUGACCUCCAGCUGUUCUUCAACGAGGGGCGUCCACUGGCGGCGACGGCGGCGGGGGCGGCGGCGGCUGCCAGGGGCCACCUCCCGGCCACGACCCCGCACGACCCCGUGGUGCUCGCGUCCGCGGGGACUGGGCAAGCGCAGGCCGCCGCUCCCCGGCAGAUCGAGCUCCACAUCCCCACUUUCAGCCGCAACACGGACAUGCUGCAGGACGUCCACACGGCACAGGACGCGGCGAGCGCCGCGAUCCAGAUCCACCGCCUCUCCGACCGCGUUGCGCAGGAGCAGGUGGUCGCGCGCAGGGCAGCGUCGUGGAUCCGCUCCAAGUUCGAGGACGAAACGAGGACGGCGCUGCAGCGGCUGGCCGAGGUGAAGGUGAGACGCGACGCCGCUGGGGACUUGCUGCACAAGACCCGCAGGCUGUGCACACUUGCGACGAGGCAGGAGCAGCUCACGUCCGCUCCGUGCGGCGUCACAGAGGUUGAAGCGGCCGUCCGCUCGGCGUGCGGGCGUCUAGAGGAGCUGGAGGGCCGCUUGAUGGAGGUGGAUGCAUCGUGCGCCCCGGGGGGCGACCUCUCGGCCAGCUGGUGCCAGUCCGUGGGCUUCCAGCCGAGCGACUGCUCCGUGGAGCGACUGGCCGUUCUCGCCAAGCUGUCCCUCGACACCCUCGUUCAGUUCGACCGGGACCUGCAGCAACGCAGUGAGUGA